CGAAUGACUUGGGGUACCGGCCGCUGUCCUCGCCCUUUCCUUCCGGACUCCGCCAUGGGGACGCCCGAGAAGGACGUGGUGCUGAGGCCGGACGCGCCGGACACGCUGCUGCUGGACAAGCACGCCGGCUACAUCUCGUCUUACGGGGCCAAAAAGGACGACUACGAAUACUGUAUGUCUGAAUACUUGAGGAUGAGUGGAAUCUACUGGGGACUAACAGUGAUGGAUCUAAUGGGACAGCUUCAUCGGAUGAAUCGAGAGGAAAUCCUCACAUUCAUAAAGGCAUGCCAGCAUGAGUGUGGUGGUAUCAGUGCCAGCCUCGGCCAUGAUCCUCACCUUUUGUACACUCUUAGUGCUAUUCAGAUUCUUACUCUUUAUGAUAGUCUUAAUGUUAUUGAUGUAAAUAAAGUUGUUGAAUAUGUGCAAAGUCUACAGAAAGAAGAUGGGUCCUUUGCUGGAGACAUCUGGGGAGAGAUUGAUACAAGAUUUUCUUUUUGUGCUGUGGCAACGUUAGCCCUUCUGGGGAAGCUAGAUGCCAUCAAUAUUGAAAAGGCAAUAGAAUUCGUUUUAUCCUGCAUGAACUUUGAUGGUGGAUUUGGGUGCAGACCAGGCUCUGAGUCCCAUGCUGGGCAGAUCUAUUGUUGCACAGGAUUUCUGGCUAUCACUAGCCAGUUGCAUCAAGUCAAUUCUGAUUUGCUUGGUUGGUGGCUUUGUGAACGCCAGUUACCAUCUGGUGGACUCAAUGGACGACCAGAGAAGUUACCAGAUGUAUGUUAUUCUUGGUGGGUCUUGGCUUCUUUGAAAAUAAUUGGAAGGCUUCACUGGAUUGACCGAGAAAAAUUGCGCGGUUUCAUCUUAGCUUGUCAAGAUGAAGAGACUGGAGGAUUUGCAGAUAGGCCAGGGGAUAUGGUGGACCCUUUUCAUACUUUAUUUGGAAUUGCUGGACUUUCUCUCUUAGGAGAUGAACAAAUCAAGCCAGUCAAUCCUGUGUUUUGCAUGCCUGAGGAAGCACUUCGAAGAAUAAAUGUUCAGCCAGAACUUGUGAACUAGACUUGUUCUACUCCAUGAGACUUGUAUUUUUAUCAUCUUUGAUUUUUCAAAUAUGCAUAUGAAUAUAGCAAAAAAGAUGAGCAUUUUGGUGAAUUGGUCUUAUUUUGUACAUUGUGGCAAAUUAAUUUUAAUAAAUUAUAUAGUUAUAUAUUUAUGUUCUAUAUAUAUUGUAAAAAGCAACUUUGUUCUAAUACUUCAGAUGAUUCACUGUAAUGCUAUCUAAUUCUUAGUGCAAUAGGUUAAUGGUACUUGAAGCAUGUGAUGGGUCAUUUCCAGAAGCAGGAAAAAACACUAGCUUAGUGUUGCAGUAUUUUAUGCAUGUAAUGCCUUUGGAAAUGAUUGCCAAGUUUUAGAAUUUUUGAUGUGUAAAUAAUAUGUCAUUUUUAGUUGCUCUUCACAAAAGCCCACCAUAAAUGGAAAGCCCUUCUUUAUGUGAGCUUGAAGUCUUUUGUCAUUAGCAUUCUUAUAUAAACUUAAUGAUGUAACCUCUUUCACUUGGAAAGGGAUGGAUUUGUUGCAUAGACUUGCAACUGUAAAUGGAGUAGGAAAAGUUAUGUACUUGCCCACAUAUAUUGCAUACACUUUGUACAUGUCUCAGAAAGCUGUCCAAACAGUAGUGUGUUGAAUGAUUUUAAGCUCAUGUGGAGAUAGUUUUCAUCCUAGCAUGGAAAAAUUUGAGAAUAAAAUGUGCCUACUCCGGUAGA